ACGCUGCCCACCGCGUGACAUCAGGGGACCCAGCCUUGUGACCAUUCUUCGGGUCACAGACUUCGAGGUGCUUCCUUGCAACCUUUUGCAAAUCUGUACGUGGGGCAAACCAGCUGGCCUGAGAAAGUGGGAGCAGCCGGCUCACAUACACACGGUUUCCCUACCCUUGCGCAGCACUUGGGCGGGAGGAAACCCCCCCCCCUCCCCGCCACCAAGAAGCGGCACGCAGGGCAGGCAGAUGUCAGACACAGCCCCGUGAGCUAGGGCGCUCUCACGUUUUCCACGCUUUCCAGUCAGCCUCCGGGCGAGAGGGCGCAAAGGCCGCCGCAGCUGAAGGGAGGCCGCGUUCAGCCCCUCCCUCCGGUCCCUGCCUGGAGGAAGCCGCUGCGGCCACCAUCACACCGCGGCUCCCUCUGCCCACUCCGCCUGCCUGUACACACCGCCCCGAGGCCCGAAGGAGCCUUCCCGUGCCCGGAGCUGCUCUCCAGGAAAGCGGGAGUCGCUCCCGGGGCGAAGAGCAGACCAGAUUUACUUGUUAAAGCACCAGGAUGAUGGGGAGCAUGACUCAUAGAAUCCCUGAAGGGAAAGGUCCUUAUUCUGUUGGAUGUACAGACCUCAUGACUGGUGAUAGUACUCAGGGAAGUUUUUUGCGGCUGUUUUACCCUUCUCAGAAUGACACAAGUAGUGAAGAAACAAUAUGGAUUCCCAAAAAGGAAUAUUAUCAUGGACUAUCUGAUUUCCUUAAUAUAUAUCGGACAUUGGGAGAGUUAAUAUUUGCAUACUAUGUUGGCUCAGUAAAAUGUCCUGCAAAAUGGAAUGCUGCAUUCAAGCCAGAAGAAAAAUAUCCCUUAAUUGUGUUUUCCCAUGGACUUGGAGCUUUCAGAACUAUCUAUUCGGCAGUUUGCAUUGAAAUGGCAUCUCGGGGUUUUGUUGUUGCUUCUGUUGAGCACAGAGACCAGUCCUCUUCAGCUACAUAUUACUAUACAAAGAAACCUGCCUUAGAAGCAAAAGGAGACGCUUCAGUGCUGCACAAGGAGUGGAUCUAUUACAGAAAAUUAAAAGCGGAUGAUGAUGAAGUUUCUCUGCGUCGGCAACAGGUUCAGCAAAGAGCAGAUGAGUGCAUUAGAGCCCUUGACCUCAUGCUUAAUAUUAAUUGUGGGAAACAAGUGGUGAAUCUGCUGCCUUUGAACUUCAACUGGACGCUUUUAAAGAACUCUAUAGACCCACAGAGGAUAGCAGUGAUGGGACACUCUUUCGGGGCUGCUACAGCCAUUGAGACUCUUAGUAAAGAUGUGCGAUUCAAGUGUGGCAUUGCUCUUGAUGCAUGGAUGCUUCCGCUUUGUGAUGAAGUGUAUCCCAGAGUUCACCAACCGUUGCUGUUUAUUAAUUCAGAAAAAUUCCAGUGGCCUUCAAACAUUCUUGAAAUGAAAAAACUAGACUCCAGAGACAGAGAACGGAAAAUGAUCACUAUCAAAGGAUCAGUACAUCAGAGUUUUCCAGACUUUACGUUCCUCGCUGGCAGCAUUGUUGGGAAGAUUUUUAGACUGAAGGGAGAAAUAGAUCCAAAUAUAGCUAUUGAUAUUAGCAACAAAGCCUCAUUAGCCUUCUUACAGAAACAUUUAGGUCUCAAGAAAGAUUUUGACCAAUGGGACCAUCUCUUAGAUGGUGAAGGGCUUAAUGUCAUUCCUGGAACCAACAUUGACUUACCUGCAGUACCACCUCAGUCAACACAAUAAAGAUACAAUGAAAUAUUAUAGACUUCAAAAUUCUUACUUGAUAAUGCUGCUUAGACAUGGCAACCACAUGCUGACAGUGCUACCUGGAAAAUGAGAGUUUGAAGGAUGCCAUUUGUAAUAUCUAGAUAGUUCCACAAAAGAUAAAAAUUGCUAUAUGGUUAAAACUGCAGUAUUUCUAGUUGACCCAUGUACAACUGAACUUUCUAAUAUUAAAGAUGCACAAGGAACUUGUCAAAUAAAGCUAAAUUAUAAAAAUGGCUCCAAUUGGUGGAAGAUGAUUUUGUGUAAAUCACUUUGGGAUCAGUACUCCUAAGAUGCUAUUUGUUUAUUUGUUGUGAAUGUUAAUAAGAAUAUUGUCAAAAUCAAUAAAAAUUUAAUAUGCAAAAAAAAAGGGGGGGAAACAGUUUGAAACAUAGCCACUAUGCUAACAUUGAAACACAAUUUAGAGCAUUGUUCAAAAUGGCUGCCGGGGUACGGGGGGGGAUGCUAAAAAUGAAAUUCAUAGACUUUAGUUUCUAUUGGUAAUGUAAGAAUGCAGUUUAUGUAUAAUUCAGGUUUUGAUAUUGUACAGUUUUUUGGUUUUAAAGGAAGUAAAAUAUAGAUAAUGCUGUGA